AUUGACCAUGAACAAUUUCCACGUUAGCGUUUUUUGGGUUGUUAUUUCGACGUUUAUUGAAACCAUGUAACUCCAAAUAUGACUAAUUUAGCGGCACAGCAUCACAUACUUUUCCCAGGUAGUGUUUAGAUCGUGUUGGAGACAGGACUUGGUUGAUAGAUGUUAUCUUGGUAACUCUAUCUAGCUGCUAACAAUGGCUAACUGUAUGGUUUUUCACACUCAAAUAACUUCCAUCAUGGAGGUGCUAGCGAAUGCAGCCGUGGCAGAGAUCUGUAAACUCGUAGACGACGACUAUGCAGUGUUUCGUUUGGAAAUGUCUCAAAGCCAGAAAGACAACACGGCAUUGCGGAGGAAACUACAGCUACUGGAACUGAAGGUGGCACGGGAGCGCGCAGAGAGGACAAUGCGAGAGCGCGUCCUCGGCAGUCGUACCAGUAGUGUCAAGAUCCUCGACCGAAACAGAGGACUGGCAAGAGGACAUCUCACUGGAGGCCACAGCAGUUUUGUUAAGCCAGCGGGACGCAAUAGAUGGAGAGAUGACCAGCCAAUCACUGUUGAUGAGGGGAGUGGAACCUCAACCCAGCAUGUUAUCGUGAUAGAGUCUGCAGAUGCAGAGGCUGCAGGUCCUAGAGUCAAGCUGGAGAAGGCUGAAGGAGAGGAGGACCUACGGCACAGCAGAAACAUUCAGACUGGCGCGGUUGGAGUGUUCCCUAUAGCUACGGAGGACUCCACCACUGCCCCAGCACCGCCUAGGACCCAACGCAUCAUCACGGAGGUCAGUGGAAUGCCGAACGCCGUCCUCAAGUCAGAGACAGACAAGGAGACUUUAACUGUAACACACAGGCUCUUACAUACAGGAUCUGACCACGGAUCAGACUCAGAGAGGCUGGGGCCACUGGGCUGUCCUCCUGCUCCUGGCCCAGAGUACUUUCCGGUAAUUCACCAGAGCCAGGUUCAUUCCCGUGGAGAUGGUGAUGGUGACACGUUAGACACUGGUGGUGAUGAUCCGUCUUGUUCUUACACUACAGAGAUGGACCCUGGCAACAUGCUCUUGUCUUUAGAGACACAGACUGAUCUGUCUAGUGGGGACUGGAACCGGUAUAGUAGUAGUGUAUACUCUGAAGGGUGCCUAGAUAAGAAAAGGGAAGUUAUAGUCGUAGAUGAAGUGGAUGAAGAUGUUCCUCUGACAUGGAAUGCAGACCAGACUCACUUAGGAGAAGGACACUCACAAGGCAGAGAUUUCAUAGAUUAUAAGGAAAGCUUAGAGACUAAUCAAAAUGUCGCAACCCACUCCCCUUUACACGCGUUCAGGGAUCGCGACACAGUGUCCACAUCAAUGGGGUCUUCGGAUUCCCACAGCCGCGUCCUUUUCGAUCAGCUAUUGAAUUCAAAGGACCAAAGGGCCAUGGCUCAGGGAGGGGGAGCAACAUCAGGCAAUAGUAAAGAGAAACGGUUCCUCUGCAUGUUCUGUAACAAAGGCUUCAGCUGCCUCCAGAAGGUGGAAAUCCACCAGAGGGUCCACACAGGGGUGAAACCCUUCAGCUGUACCCAGUGUCACAUGUGCUUUGCCCAGGCUGGCAACCUAAAGAUCCACCAGAGGGUCCACACAGGGGUGAAACCCUUCAGCUGUACCCAGUGUAAUAUGCACUUCUCUCAUUCGUCAAGCCUGAAGAGGCACCAGAGGAUCCACGCAGGAGAGAAAUCCUUCAGCUGCCCCCCAGUGUGAAAAUGCGUUUUCCACACCAGAACCAGCUGAAGAAGCACCUGAAGGUCCACACGUGAGAAAGGCUGUUCGCGUGUACACACUGCGGGAAGAGGUUCAGAGAGGAGCUACCUCAGUAUACACCAACUGAAAAACCAUUCCACUCUAUACCUCAAACCCUACAUUAAAGUCAAAGAUUCAUUUUAAUUUCAUUGUCAGCGGAAAGGUCCACAGAUGCCUUUUGUAAUAACAAAAGUAACACAUUUCAGUGCUGAAUAUUCCUGGGUAGAAUAUUGCAUUCAGCCAUUGUGUGAUAUAUGGCAUAUGUAAACAUAUACAGUACCAGUCAAAAGUUUGGACACACCAACUCAUUCAAGGUUUUUUAUUUAUUUUUACUAUUCUCUACAUUAUUC